AUGAGGAGUUUUGCUUUCGCCACGGCCCUCGCGGCCAUUGGCGCCGUCACUGCCUCUCCCACCCCGAGCGAACAAGACCCGCCAACCAAACGUGCCAACUUCCCUGUUGUCUCUGUUUCUGGCAACGCAUUUUACAAGGACAAGGAUCGAUUUUACGUGCGCGGCAUCGACUACCAGCCCGGUGGUUCCUCCGCCAACGAGGAUCCUCUUGGCGAUACCGACGUUUGCCUUCGUGACAUUGCCAAAUUCAAGGAUCUCGGUGUCAAUACAAUCCGUGUCUAUGCCGUCGACAACUCGUUGAACCACGACAAGUGCAUGCAGGCCCUCCAAGAUGCUGGGAUAUAUUUGGUCCUCGACGUCAACAACCCCAAGUACUCCAUCAACCGUGCUGAACCAGGUCCUUCCUACAACGCCAAGUACCUUCAGAGCGUGUUUGCCACGGUUGAGCAAUUCGCUGCGUAUCCCAACACUCUGGCCUUCUUCUCCGGCAACGAAGUCAUCAACGACGAAAAGGGCACGGACAAGGCGGCUCCCUACGUCAAGGCCGUCACUCGUGACAUGAAGAACUACAUGAACUCGCGCGGCCUGCGCAGGGUCCCCGUUGGCUACUCGGCCGCCGAUGUGUCCAAGAACCGAAUGCAGACUGCCAUGUACAUGAACUGCGGCUCCGACGAUGCGCGGUCCGACUUUUUUGCCUUCAACGACUACUCGUUUUGCAACUCCAAUUUCAAGGAGUCCGGCUGGGAUCAGAAGGUUAAGAACUUUACUGACUACGGCAUUGCCAUCUUUCUUUCCGAAUUUGGGUGCAUUCUCAACCGCCCUCGCAAGUUUGCGGAAAUCGCGGCCCUGAUGAGCACCGAGAUGACGAGCGUCUACUCUGGCGGCAUGAUGUAUGAAUACUCGUACGAGGCCAACGAAUAUGGCAUCGUCAAGAUCGAUAGCCUCAAGGCCAAGACUGUUACCGAAACGGACGAGUAUGCCAACUUCAAGGCCGCCCUCAAGGAUAACCCCUCCCCCUCCGGCAACGGCGGCGCCGCUUCCACCACUCAUGCUGUCAGUUGCCCUGCCAUGGGUGACGAUUGGCAGGUGAACCCCAGUCUGAUUCCCGAAAUGCCUGCACAAGCUCAGCAGUAUAUGAAGAAUGGUGCCGGUAAAGGUCCCGGUCUUGACUUGGACGGAAAAGGUUCGCAAAAUGCCGGCGACAGCGGAACCUCCACUGCCAGCGUGACGGGAGGUCAGGCCUCCCCAACAUCGAGCAAUGGUAAGAAGACUGACAAUGCUGGGCCUGCGACACUGGGCCCUCUUGACAAGGCUCCGUUGCUUGUCACCGGUCUGACCUUGAUCUUCACCUUGUUCGGCACCCUGUUGCUGUAA